CAUCGAAUCAUGUCGUACUGGAGGCGAAUGGAUUGAGCUGACAUUUGAUUCACCGUUGCCUCCAUCAACCUACAACUUGAGGUUGAGCGGUCCUCACAAGUUCAUAACCUCACUCAUCCCACGGUUCACACCGACAUCGCCAUCUCCCAUCUCCCCUCACGAUGAGCCGACUUGCCUAGAAUCACGCCAAAUUCAUCGAAUCCACAGUCCACGCACAAUGUCCCGGAUUCACACUAUUCCCGGGAACCAGGGCCCCGGGCCUGGCGUCGAUCCAUGUCAGAAACGCAAGUCGUCGAUCCCGGACAUCAGCAUCGCAGACGCUGCGUACAUCGCCCAUGAAAAGAAGGGCCAGCUAGACCCUGCAGCGGCAAGUUCAACGGCCGAAUCCUCAGACGCCGAACGAUCCCCAGUCAUCCCCGUCACAUCAGAGGACCCGGACGUCUUCCCCGAUGGCGGAAUCAAGGCAUGGACCGUCGUCUUCGGGGCCUGGUGCGCCAUCUUCUGCACCUUCGGCGUCGGCCACAGCAUCGGCGUUUUCCAAAAGUACUACGUUACCGAGGCUCUCAGCCAGUACCCGGCAUCGGCCGUGUCUUGGGUCACGGGGGUCAUGCUCUGGACGCUCAACUUUACGCCUGUCGUUUUCGGGUUCGUCUACGACAAAUACGGCCCAAGGUGGAUCAUCAUCGGCGGCACCGUCACCUACGUCUUCGGCAUGAUGAUGACCUCCCUAGCCACCGAGUACUACCAGUUCUUCCUCGCCCAGAGCAUCGUGGCUGGCGUGGGCGCCGGCGCUGCCGCCACCGUGAGCAUGUCGGCCGUCAUCUCGUGGUUCGACCGCUAUCGCGCCACGGCCUUUGGUGUCAUGAUGUCCGGUUCAUCGGUGGGCGGCAUCGUCCUCCCCAUCAUGAUCCCCAAGCUGAUCGACCGGGUCGGCUUUCCCUGGGCUAUGCGCGUCGUUGGCCUUUUGUUCCUCUUCAUGCUGUCGAUCUCGUGCCUCACUAUUCGCUCUCGCUUGCCGCCGCGGCCGAAGCCGUUCGUGUUGAAAGAAUACGGCAUGAGCCUCCGUGAGCCUGCCAUGGCUGCUACUGUCGCGGCCAUGUUCAUGAUUUAUUGGGGCAUGUUUCUGCCGUAUAAUUUUGUCAUUUUGCAAGCCGAGGCGCAAGGCAUGAGCCCUGACCUGGUCAUUUAUGUUUUGCCCAUUAUGCACAGCGUCAACAUUCUUGGCCGUAUCAUACCGGGCAUCUUGGCAGACAAGUUUGGCCGCUACAACAUCAUGAUAUGCAUCACCCUCAUCGCCGCCAUCUUCUGCCUCGGGUUAUGGAUACCGGGCAACACGGACGCUACCAUCAUAGUCUUUGCCGUGGCCUUCGGCUUCUGCGCGGGCGGCUUCACGGGUCUCGCGCCGACGCUCAUCGCCCAGAUAUCGGACAUCAGAGAGAUCGGCAUCCGUAACGGCUCGGCCUUUGCUAUACAGUCGUUUGGCGCCUUGACGGGCAGCCCGAUUGCGAGCGCGAUAGUGGACUCCCGAGGAGGUGACUACCUUGGGCUGAAGCUGUUCUGUGGGCUUGCCAUCUUGUCGGCGUCUGUCGUUUUCGUGGCUGCGAGGUACGUUCAGGUAGGGUUCCAGUGGAGGAAGGUUUAG